AUGGACUACUCCAUGUCUUCAAGCGAUGCUUCGAGCUCGCGAUCUUCUAGAUCAUCUGCUGCUACAAAUGACCCCGUUCUUCGCAACACGUUGCGUUACACCAUCUCAGCACACGAAUAUGCUGCUCUGCAUAAAUACAUCAUUUCACGAUCGCGUGUGCUUCGUCGAUCGACGCCGACACCGAAUCGCGUGGAAAAGGCGCUGAAACCACCGAAAGGAGGGGAUGAUUAUAAUGCUAGGACGAUUCGUCAUGCGCUGAGGGUGUUCGUUAUGACGUUUUUGGGUAUGAAGGGUUGGGAUGCUGUUGCGAAGAGGAUGGGCAAGGAAGAAGUUAAUGCGAGUGGGCAAAAGAAACCCUUUUACAAGUCUCCAGCUCUGAGACUGUCUAUUUCUCUUUCUACUAUUCUUCUCCUCUACAGGAUUCUUUUUAGAUUCUUUACGCGACUGCGCUUCCAUCUACUCGAUCCCCAAGUCCAGCCCUUCCGUUCGCGCAACCCACGAACUGCAGCGAUGCUGACAUCACCUUCUGCGCCAGCCAUCGGCGCAUCUUUCGCUGGUCUCGCUUUGGGUAUCUUCCCAGCUCAGAAGAUGCGAGUAACCAUCGCUAUCUACACCAUUUUCCGUGCGUUGGAAUUCGCAUACAACUUUUGCGAAGCCGACGGUCUUAUCUGGGGUAGCAAGAACGGCGUCAAGAGGGAAAGACCUUGGUGGUUUGGAAGUUGGAUGCUUCAACCUCUUGCUUUCGGACAACUUUUCCACGCUGCUGUUUUCGAUCGGGAUUGUUUCCCUAAGCCAUUUGGGGAUUUGAUCUUUAACAGCUCGUCGGGUUAUUUGCAAUCGCGUCCUCAGGAUUGGGCAUCUAGUCUUAAAUGGCCUCAGACUUCGGAGAUUGUUGAUAGCUUGGCUCAAAUGGCGCGUCUCAGCUGGCCGGCUUAUGUUUCUCCUACCUUGUUCCCUGGAAAGGAAGUUCUUCCUCCUAGUUUGAGUGCAAUUUCGCCUUUGACUUCUCGAGCGCAUCCGCUUAUUACUUCUCUGUCAUGCGCAACACUACACCCGGGAGACCCUUCAUGUGCUCGAACCUACCUGACAUUCUGGCUUCAAUCUUUCCCCCCAUUUGCUCGUUUCUUCGUCGCUGUCUUUUCUGCACUUACUGUCAUCCCUAAAUUUUCCGCUCUUUACCAUAACCCCCUUGCGACUCUGCAACGCAUCAUCACCAAGGCCUUGCGCAUGUCAACUUUCGCAACCGGUGCUCUCUCUACAGCCUGGGCUUCGAUCUGCUUCUUCCAGCAAUGGCUUCCUCGUCAUGUUCUUGCAACACAGCGAGUGUUCCUCGGUGGUUUCUUCGCUGGUCUCUGGGCUUUCGUUGAGCGCAAGAACGGCCGAGGUCUCUUCUUGUACAGCGCCCGUACUAGCGUCGACAGCCUCUGGAAGGUUGGUGUUAAGCGACGAUGGUGGAAGAGCAUGAAGGGUGGUGACGUCUGGGUCUUUAUGCUAGCUCUUAUGGUCACUGGUGUUGUCUACGAGAAGGAUGCGCAGGCAAUCCGUGAGACUAACUGGCGAAAGGGUGUUAGUUGGCUCCAGGGCCAGGGUUUUAAGGAUUGGGGUGCUGAAGAGGAUGAGGAGGAAGAGGAUAGGGAUAAGCGGGAGUAA